CAGCUGUGCAUCCUUUUAUCCCGCUCUACAUUCUCUUCAAAUCUAACAAACAAUUUUGAACAACCUUUACAAACAAAUUCCUCCAACAUGAAGCUGUUUAUCGUCCUGUUUGCACUAGCUGCCUACGCAAUGGCCGAAGCCGGUCCAAAUCUGGAAGCGAGAGCUGGGUGCUCCCAGAAGGGACAAUUUUGCAAUGAUGGCACAUUCCUGUGCUGCCCGGGACAAGGAAGCUGUAGUGGAGGCGUGAUUGCUAAGAAGAAAUAUAGUGCAAUUGAGCCACCAUCUACUGAGGGAGUGCAGAGGUCGCCUUAG